CACAGAGCAACCGCGAGCCCCAAGAGCAGCUCCAGGCUGGAUCUGCGCCGGACACAGGAGAAAGCAGCGGGCAGGCUAAGCAGAGGUGCUGAGGAUGGAGGAAAGUUGGGAGGCUGAGCACAGCUGAAGUCCUGAGCUCCCUGUGCCCUUGACUUCUCUGCGGGCUCGCGCAAGGACCAUCCCAACUCAGGAUGAACCCUCCUUCUGGGCCAAGAGUCCCGCCGAGCCCAACCCAGGAGCCCAGCUGCAUGGCCACCCCAGCCCCACCCAGCUGGUGGGACAGCUCCCAGAGCAGCAUCUCCAGCCUGGGCCAGCUUCCAUCCAUCAGUCCCACAGCACCUGGGACUUGGGCUGCUGCCUUGGUCCCCUUCCCCACGGUUGAUGUUCCAGACCAUGCCCACUAUACCCUGGGCACAGUGAUCUUGCUGGUGGGACUCACGGGGAUGCUGGGCAACCUGACGGUCAUCUAUACCUUCUGCAGGAGCAGAGGCCUCCGGACACCUGCCAACAUGUUCAUUAUCAACCUUGCGGUCAGCGACUUCCUCAUGUCCUUCACCCAGGCCCCUGUCUUCUUCACCAGUAGCCUCUAUAAGCAGUGGCUCUUUGGGGAGACAGGCUGCGAGUUCUAUGCCUUCUGUGGAGCUCUCUUUGGCAUUUCCUCCAUGAUCACCCUGACGGCCAUCGCCCUGGACCGCUACCUGGUAAUCACACGCCCACUGGCCACCAUUGGUGUGGCGUCCAAGAGGCGUGCGGCAUUCGUCCUGCUGGGCGUUUGGCUCUAUGCCCUGGCCUGGAGUCUGCCACCCUUCUUUGGCUGGAGCGCCUACGUGCCCGAGGGGUUGCUGACAUCCUGCUCCUGGGACUACAUGAGCUUCACGCCGGCCGUGCGUGCCUACACCAUGCUUCUCUGCUGCUUCGUGUUCUUCCUCCCUCUGCUUAUCAUCAUCUACUGCUACAUCUUCAUCUUCAGGGCCAUCCGGGAGACAGGACGGGCUCUCCAGACCUUCGGGGCCUGCAAGGGCAAUGGUGAGUCCCUGUGGCAGCGGCAGCGGCUGCAGAGCGAGUGCAAGAUGGCCAAGAUCAUGCUGCUGGUCAUCCUCCUCUUCGUGCUCUCCUGGGCUCCCUAUUCCGCUGUGGCCCUGGUGGCCUUUGCUGGGUACGCACACGUCCUGACACCCUACAUGAGCUCGGUGCCAGCCGUCAUCGCCAAGGCCUCUGCAAUCCACAACCCCAUCAUUUACGCCAUCACCCACCCCAAGUACAGGGUGGCCAUUGCCCAGCACCUGCCCUGCCUGGGGGUGCUGCUGGGUGUAUCACGCCGGCACAGUCGCCCCUACCCCAGCUACCGCUCCACCCACCGCUCCACGAUGAUCAGCCACACCUCCAACCUCAGCUGGAUCUCCGGACGGAGGCGCCAGGAGUCCCUGGGCUCGGAGAGUGAGGUGGGCUGGACACACAUGGAGGCAGCAGCUGUGUGGGGAGCUGCCCAGCAAGCGAAUGGGCGGUUCCUCUACGAUCAGGGUCUGGAGGACUUGGAAGCCAAGGCACCCCCCAGACCCCAGGGAGAGGAAGCAGAGACUCCAGGGAAGAGGCGAGCUUCAUCAGGCAGGAGCCAGAGGCCAGAGAGAGAGCGUGCAGCUCCAGAGGCGGCCGCUGACAGCACCAGCAUGUCUUACAGUGUGACCCUGACUGGGCCCGGGCCCUGGGGCUUCCGUCUGCAGGGGGGCAAGGACUUCAACAUGCCCCUCACUAUCUCCCGGAUCACACCAGGCAGCAAGGCAGCCCAGUCCCAGCUCAGCCAGGGUGACCUCGUGGUGGCCAUUGACGGCGUCAACACAGACACCAUGACCCACCUGGAAGCCCAGAACAAGAUCAAGUCUGCCAGCUACAACUUGAGCCUCACCCUGCAGAAAUCAAAGCGUCCCAUUCCCAUCUCCACGACAGCACCUCCAGUCCAGACCCCUCUGCCGGUGAUCCCUCACCAGAAGGACCCCGCUCUGGACACGAACGGCAGCCUGGUGGCACCCAGCCCCAGCCCUGAGGCGAGGGCCAGCCCAGGCACCCCAGGCACCCCGGAGCUCAGGCCCACCUUUAGCCCUGCCUUCUCCCGGCCCUCCACCUUCUCCUCACUCGCCGAGGCCUCUGACCCUGGCCCUCCGCAGGCCAGCCUGAGGGCCAAGACCAGCCCAGAGGGGGCCCGGGACCUACUCGGCCCGAAAGCCCUGCCGGGCUCGAGCCAGCCGAGGCAAUAUAACAACCCCAUUGGCCUGUACUCGGCAGAGACCCUGAGGGAGAUGGCUCAGAUGUACCAGAUGAGCCUCCGAGGGAAGGCCUCGGGUGUCGGACUCCCAGGAGGGAGCCUCCCUAUUAAGGACCUUGCCGUAGACAGCGCCUCUCCCGUCUACCAGGCUGUGAUUAAGAGCCAGAACAAGCCGGAAGACGAGGCUGACGAGUGGGCACGCCGUUCCUCCAACCUGCAGUCUCGCUCCUUCCGCAUCCUGGCCCAGAUGACGGGGACAGAAUUCAUGCAAGACCCUGAUGAAGAAGCUCUGCGAAGGUCAAGCACCCCUAUUGAGCAUGCACCGGUGUGCACCAGCCAGGCCACCACCCCGCUGCUGCCCGCUUCUGCCCAGCCGCCUGCUGCUGCCUCUCCCAGUGCGGCUUCGCCACCCCUGGCCACAGCUGCUGCCCACACUGCCAUCGCCUCCGCCUCCGCCACAGCCCCUGCUUCAAGUCCUGCCGAAAGUCCAAGGCCCCAGGCCUCUUCCUACAGCCCUGCAGUGGCCGCCUCUUCAGCACCUGCCACCCACACCAGCUACAGUGAGGGCCCCGCCGCCCCUGCACCCAAGCCCCGGGUUGUCACCACUGCCAGCAUCCGGCCUUCUGUCUACCAGCCAGUGCCUGCAUCUACCUACAGCCCGUCCCCAGGGGCCAAUUACAGUCCCACUCCCUACACCCCCUCCCCUGCCCCUGCCUACACCCCCUCACCUGUCCCCACCUACACUCCAUCCCCAGCACCAGCCUAUACCCCCUCACCUGCCCCCAACUAUAACCCUGCACCCUCGGUGGCCUACAGCGGGGGCCCUGCGGAGCCUGCCAGCCGUCCCCCCUGGGUGACAGAUGACAGCUUCUCCCAGAAGUUUGCCCCGGGCAAGAGCACCACCUCCGUCAGCAAGCAGACCCUGCCCCGGGGGGGCCCAGCCUACACCCCAGCGGGUCACCAGGUGCCACCACUUGCCAGGGGGACCGUCCAGAGGGCUGAGCGAUUCCCAGCCAGCAGCCGGACUCCACUCUGCGGCCACUGCAACAAUGUCAUCCGGGGCCCAUUUCUGGUAGCCAUGGGCCGUUCUUGGCACCCUGAAGAGUUCACCUGUGCCUACUGCAAGACUUCCCUGGCAGAUGUGUGCUUUGUGGAAGAGCAGAACAACGUUUACUGUGAGCGAUGUUAUGAGCAAUUCUUUGCCCCGCUGUGUGCCAAGUGCAACACCAAAAUUAUGGGGGAAGUAAUGCAUGCCUUGAGACAGACAUGGCACACCACCUGCUUCGUCUGUGCAGCCUGCAAAAAGCCUUUCGGGAACAGCCUCUUCCACAUGGAAGACGGGGAGCCCUACUGCGAGAAAGACUACAUCAAUCUGUUCAGCACCAAGUGCCAUGGCUGCGAUUUCCCCGUGGAGGCUGGCGACAAGUUUAUCGAAGCCCUGGGCCACACUUGGCACGACACCUGCUUCAUUUGCGCAGUCUGCCAUGUGAAUCUGGAGGGGCAGCCGUUCUACUCCAAGAAGGACAGACCCCUGUGCAAGAAGCAUGCACACACCAUCAACUUGUAGGCGGCCAAGGCCGCCUGUGCUGACGAGGACCGGAGCUGCUCCUGCUGCUGGCAACAAAGGAUUUGGGAGGCUGAUGUUUCUUCUGAGGGGAAUGGGGAGAGAGAGGAAGCGACUGAGCCCUUUGGAAGUAUAAUUUUAGGUUUUUUCUUCUGUACACAGAUUGUGUAUUUGCAUAGUUCAGACUAGGAGCCAAAUGAAGACUCAAAACCAAGCUAGUUAUUAAUCCAAGACUGGAAUUGUACUUCAGACAUUUAGAGCAGAAUUCCAAGAACUCAAAAGUGAAAAGCAACAAGCAGCUUUCCCAAAGCGAUACACUUGCUGUGGUCACCAGAGGAGGACAGAGCUCAGAGCAGCUGUGGAGAAUCUGAAGCAUUCUGCGGAGUUCUUAAGCGCUCCCCUGGCAAACAAAUUGAAGUGCCAAACAGCACUCGCUGCAGGGUAUUUUUAGAGUCAUAGCUGAGAGCUUGUUAGCUAAGACCCAUUGGGCUUUCCUCACCAAAAAAGGAAGUGUUAUUCCAUUACUAGCGUCAUGGAGCUACCACUGCGCAUCAGACUUCAGACCUUGAACAAACUUAAAACCUUCUAAUGGGAGCCCGGACGUCCAAAGAGAUGUCUUCUGGGAGCCACUGGGCAAUUGCCAGGGCUCCAGGAAGGGCUCUGGCUCAGGUUGCAGACAGCUGAGAAAAGAUGGCCCUGUCAGCCACCCUCUCUCAGUCUGAAACAUCCAACAUCCCCAGAAGGCUUAGCUCCUUUUUGAAUUGUGAUGGGAAAGUAGAAUUGGGUUUUUCCAGUUUUGCUCUGUGGUGUGUGAGAGAUUUUUUUAAGGCUUUGGGUUGUCUUUGGCCUUUGUUUAGCUUUAAGGGUUCGUUAGCAUGAGUGUCCAGUCGUGUGCAUGAAUUUCACCCCAACCUGUGACUGCUCACUUAUGACGUCUCCCCCAGUACCCUCCAUCUCAAAUAGGCUUGGUGGCCUAUGGAACAGAAGAGAGACAGAGAGACAGUGUCUGAAACAGGAUGGCAGAAUAGGCUCACAUGCCCAAACUCUGGGUGGGGAAGAGGAAACUUACUUUCUGCCACCCUCAGUAAGAACACACGAGGAGGCAGGACCUCCCACCUUCAGGUCUGCAUCAUCCUUUUCAAAUGUUCCUUUAAAUGCAGCACACUGAGUUUGUACAAUUGUGUUAACUGCUGGAAGGAACAGAUGCACUGAUAUAUAUGCAUUUGUUGUUUUGGCCAAUAUUUUGAAAAUGUAUGAGCUGAGUUGAUCUAGCUAUUAUUUAAGUAUUUAUUGAAGUAGAGGGGCCUUCAAACUACUUUAUACUAGUGAUAGUUUGAGUUAGGUAAGCAUCUUAAAGCUAUUUGGUGAUAAACAAGGCAGCUUAGAUUCUGUGGUUGGAAGCAGUGUAGUCGCUUUCCUUUUUAGGAAGCCCUGUUAAUAUGCUCGUCGAAAACAUGGCAUUGAAGCAGGCAGUUUGUGUGGAUGUUUCUCACUUGAGCACGAUAUUUAGGCUCUCUUCCAACUCACUCUAUUCUGUCCUCACUCCUGUUUUGGAUUUUUCUCUUUGCAUGUUUGAAAUGUUUUAUGGGAAUGUAUUAGAACUCUUUUCUUCUAAGGACUGAGACUUCCGGGGGACUUCCAUCUUACCUGAGUGUCUCUUCUCCAUGAGGGAGAAGGAAGCAGCUAGCUGUGUCCCUAGCUGCAGGAAGCCCCUAUUUUUUCCAAGCACAAAGCCACCAGUCUCCCCCAGGGAGCACCAGGGAGGGACAUGGAUGUGCUCCUGCCACAGGGCCCUUCCUACCUUUGGAUCUGUGAGAAGGUGAAUACAAAGCAGCAGGCAGAGUAAAAUCUGCUGGGACUGCCUGGAGAUUUGUCAGGAGUUGCAGACAAGUACCUUGGAGCAUUCUGUUAUUUUUGGAAAGUUCAAAUAUGCAGGGACAAGGAGGUUGCUGACUGUACUGACAGGCUCUAAGUCGUUUUCUCCAAAAACUAUCUAUUCAAUUAUCAGGGACUGGUCUUGAGGAAAGAAAAAAAAAAAAUGUUCCCAGAAUUCAGUUUCCAAAAUCUUUUUUUAAAGGUUUUACACACACACAUACACACACACACACACGAUCAUUAAAAAGUGUAUGAUCAUUAAGAAGAAAAGUAAAAUAUCUCAAAGGACAGUUUCACCACCGUCCUUUAUUGAAUCAAUUUUUCUACAUUUCAGAGCACGUGUAGAUUCUGAGGGACUCCUAUUUGCCAAAAAGACAAAACUAGCAAAAAAAAAAAAAAAAAAAAAAACAACACUUAAAAGGUAGCAGGAAAAGAAGGUAGUUUUGAGUGUGGUUCACUUAGUGUCUGUGAGUCUGGUGUAGUGUCAGGAGUAAGGCUGUGUCUAGCUCAAGUUUACAUUGUGGAUGUCCUACAACACUAAACAAAAUUUUUCAUAAUCCAUGGUGGGGAGCACACUUUGGAGCUACAUUUCUUGUCUCCUCAUUGUUGACAUUAAUUUAACAUUUAUAGGCCAGGCGCAGUGGCUCACGCCUGUUAUCCCAGCACUUUGGGAGGCCAAGGCAGGUGGAUCACCUGAGGUCAGGAGUUUGAAACCAGCCUGGCCAAUAUGGUGAAACCCCAUCUCUACUAAAAAUACACAAAAUUAGCCGGGUGUGGUGGCAGGCACCUGUAGUUCCAGCUGCUUGGGAGGCUGAGGCAGGAAUCUCCUGAAUCCUGGAGGCGGAAGUUGCAGUGAGCCGAGAUCAUGCCAUUGCACUCCAGCCUGGGCAACAAGAGCAAAACUCCGUUGCAAAAAAUAAAAAAAUAAAAAAAUAAAUUAUAACCACAACUUUUUGCAAUGGAGUGACUUAUAUCUGCAGCUUAUAUCUGCAGUGUUUGUGUUAGGAACCUAGCUUUUAUAAUGUUAACUUUUUAACUCAGUAUUCUGACUUUGGGAUUUUUUGUUUUGUUUUUGGAAAGAUUUCAGAAGUGGAAUGUAGCCUGUUAAAGGUGUGCACAAAAAUAUUUUGCAUGUGUUUUUUUUUUUUUUGCUUGUGUGAAUUCUACUUUUUAGCAAAAAUAAAGCCCCCCAAAGGAUGUGCAAAUACAGAUUUUUCUGUGUAAAAUUUUUCAUGUCACAUCAGAAGUAGCUUACUUCUAUAUGGCCACAAAUAAAAGUUGGAGAAUUCUGUGGGAAUAAACACAACUUGCCUGCCCUGAUGCUCAAUAGCAGUGUAAUCACCAUGUUUAAACAGACAAGGAUAUGUGAAUAACACGAAUGUUCUGCAUACAAAGGGAAUUACCAGGCAAAUAAUAAACUGAAGACCUCGUCUGGCAUUAUAUUUUCAUAAAGUUUUGUUAACUUAGCUACUUGGUGGUAAAAUAUUUCCAAUUAAUUUAUUUCUAUUCUGCUCUAAAUGGCUUCAUUUCUAGAAAAGUUGCCAUAUUUCCUCUUACA